AUGGAUAGAAACUCGCAUGCAUCCAUUGAAAUUCGCAUGGGUGAUCUGACAACUGAACAAAGUGAUGUUAUUGUUGUUUGUCCAUCAUCAAGACGUUUAUUUGAUAGUAUAUGUCAAGUUGGACAAGGUUCAAUUGAUACAGCAUACGAAGAUGCAUUACAAGAGAAUCCUCGAGCUCAUAUCAUCGAUAUAGAAACUGAUGGUCAACUUCCAUCACAAGUAAUCUACUUUGUUCAUUGGAAACCACAUUAUGAUGAAUAUCGACUGCGUAAAUCACUUCAGAAAUUUGUUUCGAUUGCCAUAGAGAAAGCAGUAUACGAUGGUUAUCAACGAAUAGCCUUUCCAGCUAUCGGUUGCGGAAACUACGAUUGUUCUAUAGAACUUGUUGCUCAAGUUCUUAUAGAACAAAUUUGUCAUCUUUUAACUAUACAUUCACUAUGUGUUUCAAUUGUAAUAGAACCGAACAAGACAGCGAUCUACGAUGAAUUUGAAGCACAACUCGAUCAUUUUUAUUUAUCACAACUAGAAUUGAAUUGUGCAUGUAUAUCAUCGAAAAUUGGAAAUGGAACAAUCGAGGUUAAAAUGGGAGAUAUAACAAGAGAAACGGUCGAUGUUAUUAUUGUUAGUUCAUCUUCGGUCAAUUUAAAAAAUGCAAUAAUUGAUGCAGCAGGUGACGACAUUCGAUCGAUCUAUGAUGAUGAACUUAAUAAUAACCAAUGCUCUUUACUGAUAUCAACACCACCAGGUGACCUACCUUGUGAAAAAAUAUUUUUUAUCAAAUGGAAACCUGAUAGUAAUGAAGCUAUACUACAGCAAUCUAUUGUUGAUUUUGUAUCAAAUGCUAUUCAAAAUAUGAUCGCAUAUAAUUUCAAUUCUAUUGCAUUGCCAGCCAUUGGAUGUGGAGACUAUGGUUGUCCUGUAGCUAUUGUAGUUAAAACGCUUGUUAAAGAAGUCAAAAAACAGCUGAUAAUGAGAAAUUUACCUUUAAAAGUAAUAUUUGUUAUACAACCGAAUUCAACCAAUGUUUAUGAUGAAUUUUGUAAACAAGCUUUGAAACCUUUGAAAGGAAUGGAUACAACAACAACAUAUUGUCAAUUUCCUGACACAUGGGUACACUCAGCAAACGAUCGAAAACGAUUUCUAGUGUCCGAUAAUACAGACGAGUAUUGGUCCAUUUCUCAAGAGUUCUAUCAUGGAAUGCAACCGAUGGACGUUUAUGUAAUAAAAAUUGAACGAAUUCAAAAUGAACGAUGGUACGCACAAUAUUUCGCACAUUGGCAAGAGUUUAAAAAACGAUUUAAAACAAAUACUGAAAGACAUCUAUAUCAUGGAUGUCCUAAGAGAGCAGCAUAUUCAAUAAUCGAAGAUUGUUUUAAUAGAAGUUUUGCUGGAGUGAAUGGCACAAGUCAUGGUGUAGGUGUCUAUUUUUCAUCGAAACCGAGUUACAGCCAUCAAUAUACAAAGCCAAAUAAAGAUGGAGAGCGAUGCAUGUUUGUAUCACGAGUUCUGAUUGGAAAAUCAACGCUUGGCAAUUCAUCAAUGACAACUCGACCUCUUGGAUUUGAUACAACAACAGAUAGCAAGCAUAUCUUUGUUACUUAUCAUGAUGCACAAGCAUACGCCGAAUAUUUGAUAACAUAUAUAGAAGUCGAUCGCUAG